UCAGUACGACAAAGAUUCCCACUCGGAAUGUUUUAGUUCUUUUAUUAUACAAUUCUCUCUCUCUCUCUCUCUCUCUCAUAAAGCAAAUGUGAUCAGACAAAAGCAUACAACGAAUUGCAUUCAAAAAAGUUUUCUAAACCAUCAAAUUUUCCUCUCUUCAUCCAACAAGCACACAGAGAUUUGUUUCGUUUCGAAUCUAGAGUCAAACCAAGAAAAUAAAAUAUUAGGUUUCAUAUCUGCUGAUUUAAGGAAACUCAUCUAUGGAUACGGCUCAAUGGCCACAGGAGAUUGUAGUGAAGCCCUUGGAAGAAAUAGUAACAAACACAUGCCCAACGCCGCAAGCGUCACAGCCGCAACCACCACCAUCGGUUGGGGCGGCGGGUGUAGCUGAGAGGAAGACACGGCCAGAAAAAGACCAAGCUAUAAACUGUCCAAGAUGUAACUCAGUCAACACGAAGUUUUGUUACUACAACAAUUAUAGCUUGACGCAGCCAAGAUUCUUCUGCAAAGGUUGUCGAAGGUAUUGGACGGAAGGCGGUUCGCUUAGGAAUAUCCCUGUAGGUGGUGGCUCAAGAAAGAACAAGAGAUCUCACUCUUCUUCAAUUUCUUCUUCCUCGGAUAUUAGUAAAAAUCACUUGGAUUCUACACAACCAGCUACAAAGAAGCAUCACUCUGAUCAUCAUCCUCACCACCACCUCAUGAGCCUAUCUCAACAAAGGUUGACCGGUCAAAACCCUAAAAUCUUUGAGACGACUCAACAAGAUCUCAAUUUAGGUUUUCCACCACAUGGGUUGAUCAGGACCAACUUCACUGACCUCAUCCACAACACUGGCAACAACAACACGAGCACUAACAAUCCAUUUCUUGGUUCUUCAUGUUCUGCCACGUCAGCUCUGGCAACUUCCCCUCUGGAUCUCAUAAGAAACAACAAUUGUAACAAUGGGAAUACUUCGAAUUCUUCAUUCAUGGGGUUUCCAGUUCAUAAUCAAGGUCCAACAUCUGAAGGAUUUUCAAUGCAAGAUCAUUACAAGCCUAGUAACUCAAACACCACACUGCUAGGAUUUUCACUAGAUCAUCAUCAUGAUAAUAGUGAAUUCCACGGAGGAUUUCAAGGAGGAGAAGGAAGAGAAGUUGGUGAUGAUGUGAAUGGAAGGCACUUGUUUCCUUUUGAAGAUUUGAAAUUGCCAGUUUCUUCGUCUUCAUCAGCAACAAUUAAUAUCGACGUUAAUGAUCAUCAGAAGCGAGCAAGUGGUGGAGAUGCAGCUGCAACUUCUGGUGGAUAUUGGACUGGGAUGCUGAGUGGAGGAUCAUGGUGCUAAUUUUUCUCUGUUUGGUGAUGAAAACAGUACUAUCAUUAAUGGUUAAUUAUUGCUAUUUAUUUAAUUAAUCAAUGUGUUCUCAGUUUCACUUUGAUGUUCUUAUUGGUGGGUUUUCUUUUUUAUUGUUUUUCGGGUUAAUUUGGAUAUAAGGACAUUAUUGGGGGUGCAUGCAUAUUGAAUGCAUAAUUGUUUUUGAGUUUUGUUAUGGCUCACUAACACAGGUUAUAAAUGACACGUUGGCUGGUCUUUUGAUGUUCCUUCUC